UUAACCAUGUCCUCCGCCGCCUGCAUCUUCUGCAAGAUUAUCAAGGGUGACAUCCCUUCCUUUAAGCUCUUUGAGAGUGAUAAGGUCUUUGCCUUCUUGGAUAUUCAGCCGCUGAGCCGUGGCCAUGCGCUCGUGAUCCCCAAGUUCCACGGUGCAAAGCUCACUGAUAUCCCCGAUGAGGACCUGCUGGAGAUCCUGCCCGUCGCAAAGAAGAUUGCCAAGGCCAGUGGCGUGACGGACUUCAAUAUCCUGCAGAACAAUGGCCGUAUUGCGCACCAGGUCGUUGACCACGUUCACUUCCACAUGAUCCCCAAGCCUAACGAGGAGGAAGGCAUGAGCAUCGGCUGGCCUAGUCAGGAGGCCAACAUGGACAAUUUGAAGUCUCUGCACGAGAGGAUCAUGUCUAGGAUGUAA